AAAAAAAAUUGUAAUCUGCACAGUACAAAGUUCAUUUGUACAUUGAUACAUGUGAAUACUUACGUCCCAUCCCCUAUAGAGCGUACAGGAGACAUCACUCGAGAGCUAAGAUCGUCUCACACUGCUGCUUUGAAGAGAGAUGAUUGCCACGGGCAGCUCGGCGAAGGCGGCGGCGGCUGGGGCGGUGGGCGGCAAGGCGGCACGGGCCUGCGACGGGUGCCUGCGCCGGCGGGCGAGGUGGUACUGCGCGGCGGACGACGCGUUCCUGUGCCAGGCGUGCGACACCUCCGUGCACUCCGCGAACCCGCUCGCGCGGCGCCACGAGCGGGUGCGCCUGCAGCCGACGUCGCCGCUGCGCGCGCCACCGCCCGCGUGGGCGGCGCAGUGCGAGCCUCGCGACGACGUGGUGCCCGCGUGGUUCAGGCGCAAGGCGCGCACGCCGCGGGGCGGGCACGCCAAGAGCGUCGCGCAGGUGCUGUCGCGGCGGCUCGUCGUGCCGGAGGCGGCGGGCGGGGACGGGGACUCGCCCGAGGGGCGGAACGGGGAAGGGGAGGUGGAGGAGGAGCAACUGCUCUACCGCGUCCCCAUCUUUGACCCCGCCCUCGCCGAGUUCUGCUCGCCGCCGCCUCUCGAGGACGCAGCGGCCGUCGCGUCGUCCUGCAACGAGGAUGGCACCGUCGAGGACCCGGCGAAUCCGCAUCCAGCAGCACCUGCGCCGCCGCCGGUGCAGUUCUUCCCCGACGGCCAUGCCAGCUUCGAGCCCACCGACGCCGAGCUGAGGGAGUUCGCCGCUGACAUGGAAGCCCUCCUCGGGCGCGGCCUGGACGAUGGCAACGAGGACUCGUCGUUCUACAUGGAGACGCUGGGCCUCCUCGAUCCGGUGGACGACGACGCCGGCGUCGCGCGAGUCAAGUUGGAGAUCGACGGCGGCGGCGCCUUCGACGCAAGCGGCACGCCGGCGUGCGGCGUCCAGCUGGAGGCGGAGGCGUCCGACGAGAUGCUGGACAUCGACUUCGACUACGGCUCGCCUCAGGAGACACCGGACGACAAGGCCGCGAGCAGCGACACGAGCGCCGCAGCCACGGACGCCCAGUUCUUGCAGACGAGCCUAUCGCUCACCCUCAACUACGAGGCGAUCAUCCAGAGCUGGGGUAGCUCGCCGUGGACCGGCAGCGGCGAGCGGCCGCACGUCAAGCUCGACGGCAGCUGGCCCCACGAUUACACGAGCAUGUGGGUGGUGGGAGGAAUGGUCGGGCACGUCGGGGAGGAGCUCGGCACGCCGAGGCUGGGGAUGAUGGACGGCGGCCGGGAGGCCCGAGUGUCGCGGUACAGGGAGAAGCGGCGGACGCGGCUCUUCGCCAAGAAGAUCCGGUACGAGGUGCGCAAGCUCAACGCCGAGAAGCGGCCGCGGAUGAAGGGCCGCUUCGUCAAGCGAGCUACCGCCGGGGGCAGCGUCGCCGUCGCCGGCCUCGCAUAAAGCUUAGCCGUGCGCUCCGGAAUGCACUGCACGCACGCACGGUGUAUGCGCAGCGCUUGUACGGUGUAGCGCGUGCCCGGCCGCGUGGCUGCGCACAGAUGGGAGGUGCAUGCGCGGCCGCCCGCCGCCGGCCGGCCGGCGCGCCGCUCGUCCGUCGUCAUAAAUGACGCCAAGAACAAACAACUCGUCGAAGCUGCUUUAGUUCAUUCAAUUUAAAUCAAAUUUCGUGCCUGUUUUUUCCACAGAUCAGUUCGCCACGGUAAGCUGUGCCUUCGAGUGGCACUUGCUUCGUCCUUAUGGGCUGUGGCGAUGGUCGAAUAAUAUUAUUAGUGCAGUAGUGCUAGCUAAGUAAAUUGUACUGCUUUGUUGGACAUGUAUCAGAAGUAUUUUUGCCCUUGCUUCAGAGGGUUUGAAUCAGUUGGUGGUUCACUGGCUCUGUACUUGCACAUGAUGAUCAUUGGUUCUUGCUGGGCGGUAUCAUGAUUUUAUUCAGAAGAGUAUAUAUUUAAAUAA